AUGGCAUCCUCCUCUUCCUUCCUUCUCCUCGCUGUUCUUCUUCCCUUGGUCUCAUGGCAGGCCACUGCCUCCGAUCCUAGCCCCCUCCAGGACUUUUGUGUCGCCCACAUGAAUUCACCAGUACGUGUCAAUGGGUUUGUUUGCAAGAACCCAAUGGAGGUUAACGUUGAUGACUUCUUCAAGGCAGCCGCCCUCGACAAGCCUAGGGUGACCAACAAGGUUGGAUCCAACGUCACUUUGAUCAACGUCAUGCAGAUUGCUGGACUCAACACCCUCGGCAUCUCAAUUGCGCGCAUUGACUAUGCUCCCUUGGGUCAGAACCCACCACAUACGCACCCUCGCGCCACUGAGAUCCUCACGGUGCUCGAGGGGACACUGUAUGUUGGCUUUGUUACAUCCAACCAGCCCGCCCCAAACAGAAACAAGUUCCUCUCGAAGGUGCUCAACAAAGGUGAUGUGUUCGUCUUCCCCGUGGGGCUCAUCCACUUCCAAUUCAACCCCAACCCCCACAAGCCUGCCGUUGCAAUUGCCGCGCUCAGCAGCCAGAACCCAGGGGCUAUCACAAUUGCCAAUGCGGUGUUUGGGUCAGACCCACAAAUAUCCGAUGAUGUUCUUGCCAAGGCAUUUCAGGUGGAAAAGAAUACAGUAGACUGGCUUCAGGCCCAGUUCUGGGAGAACAACCACAACUAA